AAGCAUUAGCACCAACAAGCUCUGAGCAUCAUCAGUCUCUGGAAAGCCUUCUGAAUUAGACAAGGGCUGCCUCUCAACACAGCUACAAAACACUUUAAACCUGACCAGCUAAAUGGAUAAACCUAGCCUGCAUAGCUUUUAAACUGGGGUCUCAUACAGCGCAGGAGGCCUACUUGAUUCAAGAACUGAAAAUUCAGACGAUGAAUUGCUUUAUCUGGGAAUGGCCAAAGCCAGCACAAUAAGGAAUGCCAGGUAUUCUGAAGAUUUUCCUCUCUCUCUUUUUACAGAGAAGUUGGUUACCUUCGAGAUGGGCUGUAGCUCUUCUCCACAGAUUGCCAGUUAGUGCUGAUGGGUCUCUGGUGACUUACACAAUGGUCCUCAGAGCCUAGAGCCCCCCCCCCCCCACGGCUUCUUUCUCCCUGCCCCCCAUCUCAUCCGGUGCCAAUUUUUUAUUAAAUAUAUACAGAAAUUUUUUUGCCUGUGCUCUCGGGGGAAGUUUGUAUGGAGCUCCUAGCUCACAUGCGGGAUCAGGAUGGUGUGAAUGACAGCCGCACUGUGACAUGAAGGUGGUAGUGUUUUCAGCACGAGAGACCAAAUAAGAAGAAAGCUGAGAGAAGGGGGAAACGUUUUUGGAUGACAAAGGAUGGGUUUCCAUUUACUUACGCAGCUAAGAGGCAUGAGUGUGGUCCUAGUGCUACUUUCUACACUGCUGCUUGUUAUGCUCACGGGGGCUCAGAGAGCUUGCCCAAAGAACUGCAGAUGUGAUGGCAAAAUUGUGUACUGUGAGUCUCACGCGUUCACAGAUAUCCCAGAGAAUAUUUCUGGAGGAUCACAGGGCUUAUCACUAAGGUUCAACAGCAUUCAGAAACUCAAAUCCAAUCAGUUUGCCGGCCUCAACCAGCUUAUAUGGCUUUAUCUUGACCACAAUUACAUUAGCUCAGUGGAUGAAGAUGCAUUUCAAGGGAUCCGUAGACUGAAGGAAUUAAUUCUAAGCUCCAACAAAAUUACCUAUCUGCACAAUAAAACAUUUCACCCAGUUCCCAAUCUCCGCAAUCUGGACCUCUCGUACAAUAAGCUUCAGACGUUGCAAUCGGAACAAUUUAAAGGCCUCCGGAAACUCAUCAUUUUGCAUUUGAGAUCUAACUCACUCAAGACUGUGCCAAUAAGAGUUUUUCAAGACUGUCGAAAUCUAGACUUUCUGGAUUUGGGUUAUAAUCGUCUUCGAAGUUUGUCCAGAAACGCUUUUGCUGGCCUCUUAAAGUUAAAGGAGCUCCAUUUGGAACACAACCAGUUUUCCAAGAUCAACUUUGCUCAUUUUCCACGUCUCUUCAACCUCCGCUCAAUUUACUUACAAUGGAACAGGAUCCGCUCCAUUAGCCAAGGUUUGACAUGGACUUGGAGUUCCUUGCAUAACUUGGAUUUAUCAGGGAAUGACAUCCAAGGAAUUGAGCCGGGCACAUUUAAAUGUCUGCCCAAUCUGCAAAAAUUGAAUUUGGAUUCCAACAAGCUUACCAACAUCUCACAGGAAACUGUCAAUGCGUGGAUAUCGUUGAUAUCCAUCACCUUGUCUGGAAAUAUGUGGGAAUGCAGUCGUAGUAUUUGUCCUCUGUUUUAUUGGCUUAAGAAUUUCAAAGGAACUAAGGAGAGCACCAUGAUAUGUGCGGGACCUAAGCAUAUCCAGGGUGAAAAGGUUAGUGAUGCCGUGGAAACCUAUAAUAUCUGUUCUGAAGUUCAGGUGGUCAACACAGAAAGAUCACACCUGGUGCCACAAACUCCCCAGAAGCCUCUGAUUGUCCCCAGACCUACCAUCUCCAAAUCAGCUGCCACUCAAACCACCCUUGACACACCAAGCCCUUCCCCGGGGUUUCCGCUUCCUGGCACAGAGCAAGAGUAUGAGCAUGUUUCAUUUCACAAAAUCAUUGCAGGGAGUGUGGCUCUCUUUCUCUCUGUGGCCAUGAUCCUCUUGGUAAUCUAUGUGUCUUGGAAACGCUACCCAGCCAGCAUGAAACAACUUCAGCAACACUCUCUUAUGAAGAGGCGACGGAAAAAGACCAGAGAGUCUGAAAGACAAAUGAACUCCCCUUUACAGGAGUAUUAUGUGGACUACAAGCCUACAAACUCUGAGACCAUGGAUAUAUCGGUUAAUGGAUCUGGGCCCUGCACAUAUACCAUCUCUGGCUCCAGGGAAUGUGAGGUAUGAACCAUGAUCCUCCUAAAAGCAUUUCUACUUCGGGGAAGGAGAGGUGAAUGUUUGAAGCUCUAGAAGUGUCUCUAAUCACUAGAAAGAUUAAUGAACCUUUUGCUUUUGGGUUUUGCUCAGUGUGGAAGGGUACUUAAAUUAUAACCACCGGGAAAUUGACUGUUUUUUGUUGUUGUUGUUGUUGUUGAUGGGUUUUUUUUUCUUCUUCUUCUUCUUUUUUUUUUUUAAUGGUUAAAACUUGAAGGAAGUUCAUUCAAGGAUGAGAUUAAGUUGGAAUAAAGCACUAUGUUGAAACA